AUGUCAGCCAGAAGGGGCUAUCGUCUCCCUUCGCCAAAAUACAGCAGAAUAAUGUCAUGUUCGGACAGUCCGUCAGGGAAUGUGUUUUUAGUGGACUCACUGAUCGGCGGCCGCGCUGAGAGCAAUGGGGCUCACUACGCCGGAGUGUGUGUUCCCCACAGCACAGCCAAUGAGGUGCCUUACGGACUACACAACUAUGGAUACUUCACCGCAGGUAAACGGGGCGAUGUGACCCAAAACAUGGCCCCCAGCACCUACAUGUCCAGUAUGGAGAUGUGGAUGGACGCGCAGAGGUCAUGUCGGAUGGAUCAAGAGCAGCCGGUCCAGGUCGCGCCCUGCUCCUUCCCGCAGACCAUUAAGGAAGAGAGCACCUACUGCUUGUACGAGCAGCCCAAAUGCCCCAAAGCCUCCACCGCGGAAGACCUCACAUACUCCAGGUUAACAACAUCUGCUCUGGCGUCUUGCACAGUCAGCGAUGGCGGCGGUGGCUCGGUGCCUGUGCCGGGCUACUUCCGCUUGUCUCAGACGCACGCACAUUCUCAUAAACUUUACAACAGCAGCGGCCCCGAGCCGAACCCUUCCCAUUCUCACUUUGGCCAACACCCCGCCGCCGCAGUCCGCUUCCACACACCGCCGACUUCCACUUCUUCAGUCCCGGCCACCGCGCAGGAAAGCGCGGAGAAGCGCGCACCGCCGGUGGCCGCGGAGCCCCGCGCCGCUCCGGCGAGCGAGGAGGCGCAGGAGUCCACGGAGGAGGAAGACGCCUCGUCAGCUGACGAUGAGAACGACAAAGACAGAGCGACAAACCCCGGCAAAGGAGACCCAAAAAGCGAGAACACCGUGAACUGGCUGACGGCGAAAAGCGGUCGGAAGAAGCGCUGUCCGUACACCAAACACCAAACACUGGAGCUGGAGAAGGAAUUCCUCUUCAACAUGUACCUGACUCGAGAGCGCCGCCUGGAGAUCAGUAAAAGCGUCCAUCUGACGGACAGACAGGUGAAAAUCUGGUUCCAGAAUCGCAGAAUGAAAUUGAAGAAAAUGACGCGGGAGAACCGGAUUCGGGAGCUGACCUCCAAUUACGGCUUCUCCUGAUGGAUCCUAGAAUAACUCUAUGAAAGCAGGCGCACUCACACAGGAGCACACUGUCCGCGACAUCAUUUCACGCACUUUGAUUUCCCCCUGAAGCCUCAUGUUUCAGAUCAGACUUCCCUGAUGUUUGUGUUGUGGAUAUUGUGGUUAGAUAGAUGUCGUCAGUGGAGUACAAACAAAAGAAAGAGAUUGUCUUAACUGUCACAACCAUCAUGAAUUUUGGUUUAAUCUCAUCGGGAAUUUUGCGUGGCCACAAAAACCCUCCCAUUAACGUGAGCAUUAGAUGUUGUG